AUGUCUUCUUCUCCAUCGGUGUCAACCAUUGAUGUACCUAGCAGCGUUUCACAGCCUUCUAUGGUUCCUAUUUGUACAGUUGUGCCUUCUCAAGUCACAGCAUCAAUCGUUGCUUCUCUUCCUACCGUAUCUGGUUUUUCCAUAUCAACAAAUGCUCCUUUCUCAUUUUUUUCCACUAGGGAGAAGACAUAUGUGGUUUUAGUUGCAACUGGAAGUUUUAAUCCUCCCACUUUUAUGCACUUGCGGAUGUUCGAGUUGGCUAGAGAUGCACUGAGUUCUGAGGGUUAUCAUGUUAUUGGAGCCUAUAUAUCACCUGUGAAUGAUGCAUAUAAGAAGAGGGGCCUGUUAUCUGCUGAACAUCGUAUAGAAAUGUGUCAACUAGCCUGCAAAAGUUCAAACUACAUAAUGGUGGAUACGUGGGAGGUAAUCACCCUUUCAGCUCUUUUUGUGGUGCCUAAUAAUCCUACCCCUCAGCAUAUUUUGCACGUACCCCUAUAA